UAAUAUUUCUUUCUUGAAGAAAAAAUAAAAUAAAAAUCAAAUCUUUUUGCAAAAAAUGUUCAUUAGUACCACAACAAGUGAUCAUCAUCAAUACUCAAACUCAAUUGUGGAGUGCCCACCACCAUUGAGGCCGAUGAUCAUGGACACAAAUUCCAGAAAAUGGAACUUCACCACCAAAAUCGAGACGGCGCCAAACUGCCCUAGAUGCGCUUCCUCCAACACCAAAUUCUGUUACUACAACAACUACAGCCUCUCUCAGCCGCGCUACUUCUGCAAGGCCUGCCGCCGCUACUGGACCAAGGGCGGCUCCCUCCGUAACGUCCCCGUCGGCGGCGGCUGCCGCAAGACCCGCCGCUCCCGGUCCUCAUCCUCCUCCGCCGCCGCCGCCGCAGCCGGCGGCGGCGGCGGCAGCCACUCCGGCGGAGAAUCGGAGGGGUCCACCACGUGUAUCGAUCUGGCGGCGGUGUUCGCUAACUACGUGAACCAAAAUGCGGAGGACAACGACGAGUCGUUUAGCUUUAGCCCCGGGGGUAGCAGUGGCUCGUCGGAGAAUAAUGUUCAUCAGGUCAAUGGAGGAUGCUUGGAUUUGGUCAACGGUGGGGGGGAUGAUCAGGUGCAGCAGGUGGUUCCUGGAUUCUCCGUGCACCCGGGAAUCGACGGUCAGGAUUUCGUGUACCAGGAUUGUGGCGAUGCUUUUGAUCAGCUGCAGCAGGGUAUUCUCGGCAACCAUGAGCUAGCAGCAGAUCAUAUGUUAUGGUCAGAAGGUACAAAUGUACCGAGUUUUGGAUCACAAAAUCCAACGGCUGAGGUGCCAGAUUUCGGGCUAUUUACGCCUGAUGAUCAAUUUAGAAUCUCUGCAGAUAAUUGGGGCUCGUUUGAUUUGUCCACGUAUGAAAUCUUUUCAACGCCUUGAUUUUUUCAUCAGCUGGAGUUUUUUUUUUUU